UAUACCAGUAAUGGAAUUGUUGGCUUGAAAGGUAAUUCUAUUUUAAAUUCUUUGAGAAAUCUCCAAACUGCUUUCAACAGUGGCUGAACUAAUUUACAUUCACACCAAUUAUGUGUUAAUAUUCCCUUUUCUCCACAGCGUCCCAAGAUCUGUUGUUUUUUGAUUUUUUAAUAGUAGCUAUUCUGACUGGUGUAGGAUAGUAUCUCAUUUUGGUUUUGAUUUGCAUUUCUCUCAUGAUUAGUGAUGUUAAGCCUAAUCUUUGCCACCAGAAAACUGGGAAAAUACAGUGUUGCUUGUCAAAAUAAAUUGUUUUACUUUGCUUUAAAAAUAAUCAAUUGAGUAGUAUAUUUCUUCCAGCAAAACUAAGAAGUAAACAUUUAGAAAUGUACAGUCCUUGUUGUUAAGUCUUCACACAAGUAUACCAAUUGAACAUAAAGGCCAUCUUAAACUUUCAUUUGAAAUGAAAGACAAUUUUUAAGAGGUUAAGGGCUAGUAAUUUGUUAAAGUCCUGAAGUUAAAUUAGCUCAAGUAAAUACAAAGACUUUCCUUUAAUUAAAGCCUUUUAAAUGAACACUUUAAAGCAUAGUUGGUUUCUCCCUCAAAUCUUGUCCAAAGCCACUGUUAACAACUCAGUAUAUCAAAGAAGGUUUCAGACAUGAUUAUGAAGCUCCCUCAACUUACAAUGUGCUAUUUGCAACCUUAGAUGGCUAUCAUUCUGGCUUUUCUACCUUUUAGCAACAAUAAGCACACCCUUCCCAUUUCUCCCCCACCCUGACUUACCCCUCUUUGCAUUUAAUAUAUAAUUUUUUGCAGAGUGUUCUUACACAUCUUUAACUGUAAAUAUGACAAAAGCUCACCGUAUAGUACAUGUGCCACACGUAUAAAUGUUGUAUCUAGUCAUACAAUUUUCCUUUUAAAGAAGGAAUAUUUUAUUUUCAAAAAGCAAAGACUCUAGGAAUCUUUUCUAGCUGCCAGUCAUAAAAACAUAAAUUCCUGGUUAGAUUCCAAAACUUGCCUGACCAUAAGAACCACUUGUGGUGCUUGUCAAACACAUGUAUUCUGAGUCCCAUCUGUGAUCUUCUGAAUCAGAAUCAGCAGGUGAGAGGCCUGGGAAUACACAUUUUAAACAAACGUCCACAGUGAUUACGAUUAGUCAAGCUUGAAAAAAAUUUCACUGGGAUCUUUAUGCUGAAUAACCUCACAAACAUAGGAAAGUUACUGGAGAAAAAUAUGAGCAGAAUUUCAGAAUUCUGCUCUUGCUGAAAGUGUUUGUUCACUCCUCCUCUACUCCUCAAGACCUGACUGCUUAUGUAACGCCCCCAAACCAUCAACACCUGGGAGGAGUUGAAAAUGAUUUUAAUGAAGAAGAAAAACUGAUGUUUAAUUUCAAAACUGACGGUGACAAUAGAAGGGAGAGGCAUGAAUUUAUCUUGAUUCUAACACAAAGCAUUGUAUUUGAGUCUACAAACGAAAUUGGUUUCAUUUUUAUUUUUUGUAAGUUUUCGCCAAACUCUAUGCAUAUAUAGAGGCUGGGCAAGAAAGAAAUAAAUCCAGAAACAUGGCAUAUGCCAUCCCUUAUUUAUUUCCCCAUGCGACCAGCCAACAGCUUCUUCACCUAGUCCCUGCUUCAAGCUGACUUUCUGUCUACUUCUCUAUCGGAAAUGGAGCUUCCCUAAAGACUGCCUCAAUGUCAGUUACCCACAGGCCUUUUUUCCAUCUUGUGCUCCUAAACUUCUAUGAUAUUAAAUGAUAUUACCCUUUCUAGAAAUUCUCCUUAGCUUUGGUUUUAUAAUUUUACUCUAACUCUGUUUCACUCCUUCUUUUACAGCCUUUCUUUUCUCUAUCCUUUUACUGCAGACAUGUUGUAAGGCUUUGUUCUUGACCUUCUGAUCUCUCCAUAUUCAUUCCCUCAGAGCAUGUAUCCAUUUUCUUGGUGUCGGCCUUCCUGACUAUCUGAUUAUUACCAUCAUAUAACGAUGUUGGUGAUGAGCGUAGCUAACAUAUCCUAGGCAUUUUCCAUGUAGGUUAUCAUAAGCACCCUAUAUAAUUCGUACCAUUUAAUUCUUCAACCCUAAAUGAUACUAUUACUAACCACAUUGUAUGAGAUGAGGAAACAGAUUUUCAUCAAAACCAUGGAAAGCAAACGUGAGGAGCCCCUGUGUGUCUCCUUUGUUAAUGCCUCUGGACAUCAUGGCACAUGGAUUGCCCUGGAAUGGGGAUUAGGAAGCGCAGCACUGUGAAAACACCAGAAAAUACGUUAUGAUAUCGGGUAAGGCCGCUUAUCUCUGCACAUUGAGAUGGUUUUGUUUCUGAGUCAGGUUUGAGAUGAGCCAAUCCUGACUCCAUGGUACCACCAGAGAUCACGAAUUUAAUAAGAUCUUCGUGGAUGCUUGGAACCCAACUGGUCUCUGUUUUCUACUUUAGGGAAAGAGCCACAGCUUGAGUGGAGUGGGGUGGUUUUGGUGUCACAUACGCGAUCAAUAAUACCCACCGUUUUGGUGUCACAUACGCGAUGAAUAAUACCCACCGCUGCAGAGGAAUCACCGUGGACUACUCCUCGUUUCAUCCCAUGCUCUUGCGAUGGAUCCCUCUCACCUGUUUACUGAUUUCAUUCAAAUUUUUCAGCGACCACAGGACCCCGACUUCCCUUCUCUAUCCUGGUUCCCAUCACUCUGCUUUACAGGCCUGUCCUGCUCGCGGCUCCUCACACCAGCGCUGCACGGCUCCCUCCACGCCUCUGCCCUGUUCCCUCCAUCAGACAGGACUAGCUUCCUCCAUCUCUAUCGGGCAAAAGCCUGCCCAGCGUUCAAGACCCUCCUCAGAUGCCGCCUCCACGAUUAGCCUUCUUCCUAACCCCUGAGCCUGUAACACGCGCCACCAUAACUCUCCACCUCAGCCCACAUUCCCACAGCACUCGCGACGUCCGUGGCCCUCAACAUGGUGCUUCAUUGUAUUUUAGGGUAUUUCCUGCUUGUUUCCUGCACACACAGUCGCGCGAGGCACAGCCCCGAGUGACCCGCGCACGAGUGGCCCGCGCUUCCAGCCGCGCCGCCGCAGGCCAACGAGGGCAGCCUAAGCCGCUUCCCGCCCCCGCGGGGACCGUUGCCAGCCCGCAGCUCUAGCCGGAGGCCAUUUCACAGCGCGCCUGGCAGCCCCGCCACCGCCAGCGCCGGCGCCUCAGGCGGGCUUUCCUCCCCUCGGGAGGCGCAAAUCCUCAGGGGCUCCUCGAGAGGGAGCGAGGGAGCAGCUGCGUGCGGCGCCUUUCGGCCCUCUGCGGCCACCGUAGCUCCCCAGCAGAAACCCGGAAGUGGAAACCUCAGCCAUUUAGCGUUUGGGUCAAGACGAAGGCGGGUUCUGGACAGACGUACGUUGUCAGGGAGUGUUUACUUCGCCUCCACUUCUGUUCCUCCCCACCCUGGUGCUGCUCCGGGUCACAUACUCGUCCUGAGUCGGCUUCAGCCUCUCCGAGCAGAAGUCUCCCGGAGCCGACUUCUGUGAGUCGAGUACUCUUAUGUGAAGUCUACCAAGCUCGUGUUCAAGGGAACCAAGGCGAAGAGAUGGGUCCUGCAGCUCUGGCGGGAGCCUCCUCAGUUCUUUUCGGAUGCACUCCACCCCCGCGAAUCCGGUGGAAGUCGUGGCGCCGAGAGCUGGCUUCGUGGCCUCCCAGGCUUCGCCCUGGCCCCUGCCCGGGCUGAAUGGAGGCCGGACCGCGGUUCCUGGCGCCUGUGCAGAGAGGGGCAGCCUCCCGCUCGGAUGACCCUGGAAACAGUAUAGACGGGCGGGUGACCCGUGGCCCCGUACCCACGAGUUUGGGUCCCCUGAGGCAUCUCUCCAGGCCUCUGCCUGGCGAGAUGGAAAGAAAGUAUCAAGGAGUGAGCUGAAGCCACUGCCCUUGAGAACCCUCUCGAGGAGUCUGGGCUCAUGAAGAUGCCAGAAUAAGUGGCAGGUAUAUCCUGAAUGAAUGUGAGAUUUUUACUCUGUGAAUUUCCUGUGAGGAGUGUAAGAAGAAAAAGAGCAAAGAUAAGAAGAGAAAAAGAGAACAAGAUGAAGAAACCCAGCUUGAUAUGUUGGAAUCUGGUGGACAGUAACAAACUUUGGUGAAAUUUCAGGAACCAUAGCCAUUGAAAUGGAUGAGGGAACCUAUAUACGUGCACUCAACAAUGGUCUUUUUACCCUGGGAGCUACACACAAAGAAGUUGAUGAGGGCCCUAAUCCUCCAGAGCAGUUUACGGCUGUCAAAUUAUCUGAUUCCAGAAUCACCCUGAAAUCUGGCUACAGAAAAUGUCUUGGUAUAAAUUCAGAUGAACUUGUUGUUGGGUGUUCAGAUGCAAUUGGACCAAGAGAACAAUGGGAACCAGUCUUUCAAAAUGGGAAAAUGGCUUUGUUGGCCUCAAGUAGCUGCUUUAUUAGAUGCAGUGAAGCAGGGGACAUAGAAGCAAAAAGUAAAACAGCAGAAGAAGAAAUGAUCAAGAUUAGAUCCUGUGCUGAAAGAGAAACCAAGAAAAAAGAUGACAUUCCAGAAGAAGACAAAGGAAAUGUAAAACAAUGUGAAAUCAAUUAUGUAAAGAAAUUUCAGAGCUUCCAAGACCACAAACUUAAAAUAAGUAAAGAAGAUGGUAAAAUUCUUAAAAAGGCUCAGAAAGAUGGAUUUUUGCAUGAAACGCUUCUGGACAGCAUCAGGGCAGUGAUUGCUGACCACAUACUAGACCCUCUGGAAACAGAGGGCUCUGCAUCCAGGUCCACGAGCCUUCAUGCCCAUCUGGCCAUCAGGCCUUGGGAAGCAGCACCCCACAGCCUUGGCACAGCUGCAGAGACUUCCUUGCCUCAGGAUGGAGUCAAACCUGGACCCACUGCCAUUCUCAUCUGCAGGAAACACUGGCCUCCUUCAUCCUCAGGCUGUGUUGCUGGAAGUCACCCAUCUCUGAGGCCCCUUGGGAUUGACUGAGUGACCAGCAGUGAAGUUCGUCCACCUUCUGAAUGGAUGCCAUCAUCUGACGUGAUGGAGCUCAGUGGCAUGCUGCUGCCUUCCCUCCCUUAGCCAGGAUGUCCCUGAUAAAGGAUGACACCUAAGCCUCAGCACAACUGGCCAAACUUGAGGUGGUCAUCUCAGCACUGAUGCUGGGCCAACAAUUAGCCCCAUUUGUACAUUUUUACAAAUUUUUGGCAAUUGCCAAGAAUUAUCCACCUUCCCUCCCCAUUGAAUUAAAGAAACUUCUUGCCUCAUGGAUACUCAGAAUACAAUCAAGGUAACAGAUGCUUUUUUUUUUUUAACGAAGGACACAGUACGGUUCUCACAGGGACACUCCUUAUCCCCUGCAGAGUUCCUGACACUACUGAUGGUGACCAAGGUAACAUUUCAUCAGAAAACACAGUGCUAGCCUUGUGAAAGUGUCUAGUAGGGCUUCCACUGCCCCUAUAGGCUGCAGGCAGCUGCUUUAGUUGAGAGAUAGACUGAGCUCCUCAAAGAAUUCCUAUUUAAGUUACAAAGCAGCGAGUGGAUGCCCUGCUGGGUUCCACUGUUGCCACAGGCUUUGAUUACUCUAAGUUCAUGCUUCUUAGGAAAGUGCACUUUUUACACCAAUGCUACACAGUUCCCUCAGUUGCCUUUACUGGACAUCAAGGAGUUCACAUAUUUGACAACCAUUCAGUCCUGGACUGUCCAAGGGGUGGAGCUAGCUCCGUACAGGAAGCUGCCUGCUGCGUGUGGAUCAGUAAUAUCAGACUUGCCCAACAACUCACUGGAGACAUGAAAACCAAUGCAUGGGGGAUGCAUGAAGCCACCCAAAUAAUUAUGAACACGCUUGUGCUGCCAGAGACCCGAGAUCUCUAAACCAAUGCAUGGGGAAUGCAUGACAUCACCCAAAUAUUUACAAACACGCUUAUUCUGCCAGAGACCCCAGAUCACUUUUCCUGCCUCCUGCUAAAUAAAUGGGGGCAGUAGCUUUGCAUCGGCUUCCACAUUACAUUACUCAUAACUGUGGCCUUCCUAAUCUCUCAUGUCCCUAAGCACUUAUUACAAUGUCUCAGCAGCUUUCUCUCAGCCUCUCAAAAUAUUAGUCAUUACGAAAAUAAAUGAUGUUAAAGCAUCAGGGGUCAAUUGUAUUGUGACACCUAAAAUUUCAUGCAGCACCCCACCAUUCCUCAGCCUAAUAGCUUUCAUGACCCCACCAGACUGCAAAACUCUGAAUUAGUCAAGCACAUCCCUGAAGGGAUGAGGGGUUACCCCACCCUCGGAUUUCUACCAAGCCUGCCUCCCACACCCUCUGUUCCAGAGUACAACCCUGGGUAGACCUGCAUAAAUGCAGUGUCAUCCCCCACUGGGCUGAGUAUGUGUGACGAGUAAAUUACUGGGAAUUUCGUCUGCUCAGUGUUUGUUUUGUCUGCAGCCAUUCCCAGAAUUCUAGGGCAAGACUAGCUUCUUCGCCAAUGGGGUGGACAGGAAGGAACCCGAGUGGGAAUUGCCUUUUUAAAAAAAUCCCUUCCCAACCUCUUAAUUAUGUAAUGCAUGCAUUUUUAUAGCCUUUUUGGUCAUUCUAUUACCUGAGGUCAGCCACUGAUAUUUAAUCCACCCUUAGCCUCGGAGGAGGGCAGAGGAGCACUGGUCAUAUUGAUUUCGCUAGCGGUGACAUGAUUUCCUCCUGUGCCACUCAAAUUCUCUCCUUCUUUAACUUGAUGCUCAGUAGGUUGUGUUUACUCGUCUUUGCAGAUUGUUAGGAAGAUGAGAAUCAGCUUUCAUUUUUGUUGUUGCCAUAGAGAAGACUCCAUGGUAAUCUUUAUUUGCACAAUCAACUUUUUCUUUUCCCCCAGAAAUUGCAAAUUCUUAUGUGAGAGACAGCUUUCUGGAGUCUGCAAACAUAGAUUAUCGUCUCCCUUUUGAUGGUAAAUUUCUUAUAUCCCCGCCAACAAUAAAAUACUUACAUAUAAUUUUGGCAUGGCAUAUUGAUUGCCAACUACACGUAAGAAUAUUCCUUGAUUUUAAAUCUAGACUAAUUAUGAAAAUUAGGGUAGUCACAAAAAAUUAUUGUGUACAAAUUUAUAGACCUUAGGAUUAAAUGAGUUACUAUUAACUAAUAUUUAUUGUGCAGUCAGUGUAUGGCAGAAGCUUACUAUGUACUAUUUCAUUUUAUACUUAAAACAAUAUUCUAUGCAAAAUGCUAUAAUUUCCCCAUGCCUCCAUUUGGACAUGAUAAAACUGGGUCUUGUAAAGUUUUCAACCCAGAGUUCUCUGCUUAGUAAGAAGUAGAAGUAAGUCUAAACCUAAGUCAUCUGAUUUCAGGCCUAUAUAGUUAAAUGCUCUAAAUGCAGCUGCCCAUGGUGAUGGUGACUAUGAGAGCCUGUCACAUGAUGUAGGACAGUGCUUCCCUGUAACGUGUGCAAGAUUCCUGUGAUGAUGGUGACUGUGAGAGCCUGUCACAUAUGAUGUAGGACAGUGCUUCCCUGUAACCUGCACAGGAUUUCCGUGAUGAUGGUGACUAUGAGAGCCUGUGACAUAUGAUGUAGGACAGUGCUUCCCUGUAACGUGUGCAAGAUUCCGGUGAUGAUGGUGACUAUGAGAGCCUGUCAGAUACGAUGCAGGACAGUUCUUUCCUGUAACAUGCACAAGAUUCCCGUGAUGAUAGUGAUUAUGAGAGCCUGUCACAUAUGAUGUAGGACAGUGCUUCCUUGUAACAUGAGCAAGAUUGCCAUGACUGUGGUCAUGGGAAUGGUGACUAUGAGAGCCUGUCACAUAUGAUGUAGGACAGUGCUUCUCUGUAACAUGCGUGAGAUUCCCGUGAUGAUGGUGACUAUGAGAGCCUGUCAGAUGCUAUGUAGGACAGUGCUUACCUUUAACAUGCACAAGAUUCCCGUGAUGAUGGUGACUAUGAGAGCCUGUCACAUAUGAUGUAGGACAGUGCUUCCCUGUAACAUGAACAAGAUUCACCCUGGAAUCUUAUUAAAAUGCAAACUCAUAGACCACACUUUGACUAGCUAAGACAAGAGCAUUUAAAUGGAUGUCCAGGUGACAGUGCUAAGAUCCUACUGUUCAUGUGGGCACUGGCUCACCAUAUGAACGAAACUUAGGACCUCCAGUUCCUGCUGGAAAAGAAAUACAGAUACGUAGGAUGUGACUGUGCAUAUGGAAUAUCUGUUGUGUUCUCGACAUUGUACUAGAUACUCGAGAUAAAAAGUCAAAUAUCCCUUGCCUCUUUCUGAAAGGAGCUUCGUACACAGUGGCUUCUGACUGCAGUGUAUAUUUUCUCUUCUGUCCUGGGUGGGUGAGCUCUAUCUCAAUGUUGGUAACUGAACACCACCCAGUGGGUUUGACGGGGGAGACCAUAGCUGACUGUGCUUCCACAUAGCUAUGACCAUAGCAUAUCUCAUGAUGCCAUUUCCCCCUUGUCAAAAGGCUCCCUCCAGUAUCAUACACACUCUUCAUGAUUAUAAAUUCUUCCUCCUUCCACUAAAUGUUCCCAAAUCUUGCAAAGAUAAAAACAUAAACCACAUUCUUGUCAUAUUAGUUAUAUAUUAAUGAUGAAAAUUCCUUACUUUUCCUUCUUCUUUUUUUUUUUUUUUUUUUUUGCGAGGGAGUCUCGCUCUGUUCCCAGGCUGGAGUGCAGUGGAGCGAUCUCGGUCCACUGCAAGCUCCGCCUCCCAGGUUCAUGCCAUUCUCCUGCCUCAGCCUUCCGAGUAGCUGGGACUACAGGCACCCACCACCACACCUGGCUAAUUUUUUUGUAUUUUUGGUGGAGACGGGGUUUCACCAUGUUAGCUAGGAUGGUCUUGAUCUCCUGACCUUGUGAUCCGCAAGCCUCUGCCUCCCAAAGUGCUGGGAUUACAGGCAUGAGCCACCGCACCCAGACCAAGUUCCUUACUUUUCAUGUGUUUAAUAUUUUUUCCCAAAAUAUAUAAUAUAUUGAUUAAGAAUAAAUUUUAGCCAUGCACAUCUAUUACAAACUUCAUGAUAUACUUUGCUAUUUUUAUAUUUCUUAUACUCUUAUAAAAUGUGUGUUCUGGACUCACGUUGGCUUCCAUUUCUUCCCUCUGGCUUCUAUUAUUUUAGGCUAUGAGCAGAGAUGGAUGAGGUGGCUACUGUAAUGGAUCAAGGCUAUGAGCAGAGAUGGAUGAGGCAUCGGCUGUAGUGGAUUAAGGCUAUGAGGAUUUUGUGAAGUAGGAUGUUAAAUCUGUAAAUGUCAGAAUGAAUCCAAACUUACCAAUGCAAAAUUGGAUUGUAAAACAGCUCAAAAAAGACCGAAAACACAGCUCUACACUUUAGGAGGCUGAGGCAGGCAGAUUGCUUAAGUUCAAGAGUUGGAGACAAGUCUAGGAAACAUGGAAAAACCGUCUCUACAAAAAAUAUAUAUUUUUAAUUAGCUGGGUAUGGUGGUAUGAGCCAGUGGUCCUAGCUUUUCAGGAGGCUGAGGUGAGAGGAUUGCUUGAGCCCAGAAGGUAGAGGCUGCAGUGAGCUCUGAUCAUGCCACUGCAUUCCAGCCUAGGUGACAGAGUGAGACCCGUCUCAAAAACAAACAAACAAAAAUAACAAACAAAAACAGCUCUAAACGAAAGUGGCUAGAAAAGUAGCUCAAGUUGUUCCUGUCUGGUUAAAUAGAAACAUAAACGAAUUACUUAUGUGCCCCAGUGGCUUCAUAAUGCUGAGAGCAAAGUCAAUUUUUCUAGCAGGUUCUAGAAAACUUUAUCAUAUCAUGGGGUUCAAUGAAAAUAUCAAAUCAUAAAUAUAAUAAUCAAAUCUGAAAGUGAAUCUAGUUUCAAAGACCUCAAAAGCCAGUGUGUAGGAAGCUCUUUUCAGAUAGAGACAAGGGAUUAUUUGACUUCUUAUCUCUGUUGUCUAGCACAAUGUCCAGAACACAACAGAUAUUCCAUAUGCACAGUCACAUCCUAUGUAUGUGUAUUUCUUUUCCAGCAAGGACUAGAGGUCCUAAGCUUUGUUUAUAUGGUGAGCCAGUGCCCAGAUAAGCAGGAGAAUCUUAGCACAGUCACCUACACACUUAUUUCAAUGCUCUGGCCCCUUAUCCAAGCUAGUCAAAGUGUGGUCUAUGGUUUUUCAUUGCAAUGGAUCCCCGGGUGAAUCUUGCGUCUGUCAAAGGAGGAGAAGCACUGCCCUCAAAAUAUAGAAAAGGUGAACUAAUUUAUCCAGGCAGCCUGGCUAUUUAUUUAUGUAUUUAUUUAUCUUGAUGGGAAGAUUCAAAUUGACAUGCACAAUCACCCUCACAAGGAUUUCAGGUAAAAAAAAAAACAAAGGUUUAGAUAUCAGAUGUGUUUUACAAUUACCGCACCAGUCUUUUUACUACAGAAUCUAGUAGCAUAUUUCCAAUAGAUCUGGGUGAAAAUUUCUAUCUCAUGGUCUUCUGUCAGUAUUCUUAAAAUUUGAUACUCUAUUAGUGGCCAAAUUGAAUCUCUUACAGACAUCUCACUCAAACUGCAGUCAUACUUUCCAAUAGGCUCGAUAAAAAUCCUUCUUCUGGAGCAAUCUGAUAUAUUUAUCCACCUCUUCAGACACUUAGGUAAGUAUAAUAAUACAAGUUUUGUGUGUGUGUGUGUGUAUUGUGUACCUGGUGGCCUCUUGUCCAGUUUGUGCAACACCUGACGCUGAGGCAAGUUUAAUGUAAAUAACGUCCAGCAAUGUUAGAAAUGUUGACUUUUAUUUGCCCAUCAGGGAAAAAAAGGUGAAUGUUAUUGUAGAGGAAAUUUUCAUUCUGGAAAAAAUGCCUACUGAUUGAAUGUUACUUUCAUGCUUUCCACAGAUAUUAUACACAGAUAUUAUAUUGCAAGGAUUAUGUUUCAAAGUCAUCAAAAAUAGAAAAUACAUUUUAUAUUUCUAGCUGAAAAUAAUAACAGUAAUUAGCCUACCUUUGGGGAAAUAUGAUAAAAAUACUAAUGACCAUCACAACUCAGUAAAAGCAUAAAAUGUGCAAUGAUUUAAACUACAUGUUCUUUCUAUGAAUCUGCGUAGAAAUGUAGACACAUUUGAUACAUGCUAUUUAAAGUCUGAGUGCUUUGGUAAAUGAUUCAUCUAUAGGUUGAAGGGAUUACUUUUAUCUGCCUUCAUAGUGAGAAUUAGAUUUCUGUUCUUUAUAAAGCAGGGAAUACAGAUUGUGCAUGGAGUAAAAGCAUUCAAUCCUUAUUAAUAAUGAUGGUAGCUGCGCUGCAGAAAAGAAAGCCUGUCAGAGUAACGUGUUCAGUUUUACAUCAUAAUCAGAUUGUGUCGAUCUCUGUUGAAGGCAGAAUUAAAAACGCCUUCAACACUUUUAAAAUAAUAGAUGAAAAACAUCUCAAAGUCACUUUUAAAAUUUGAAUUGACGAUUCCACAUAACAGGAAAAGGACCAGGACAUCUUAAAUACUUCACGAUGGAAGUGAUGUUUUAAGUGUAAUUUCAUCAAGGAGAAGUUUUUCCAGAAAGUCUUUUGACCUCAGUAAGAAGCUUAUUUACUCUGGUAAAUAGUUUCUAGUAAGAUGAGAAAGACUUGAUUUUUUAAAAACAAUUAAAAAUUUACAUUGUUUAAUCUAAUGUUGUGAUUUCGAAAUUACUACUUUUGCCCUUAUAGUUACGCAUGUGUAUUUAUAUGCAUUUUCUUAGCUCAUUCAAACGCCAAUAAAAUACUUUACCAUCCAGGCCCCUUAAAAGCCAAAUUAAUUUCUAAAAGUGAGGAUUGUGUGUAUGCUGUGAGGUGUGCGCAGGUGUAUGCGUGUGAUGUGUAUGUAUGGUGAGUGUAUGUGGUCUGUGUGUGUAGUAGGUUCAUGGGGUAUGUGUGUGGUGUGUAUUGUGGGUGUUAUGUGUGUAUACUGUGUGUAGUUUGUGGGUGGUGCAUGGUGUGUAUAUGUGCUGUGUUUGUGGUGUAUGUGUGUGUAGUGUGUGUAUACUAUGUGUGGUGUGGUGUGCGUGUGGUAUGUGUGUGUACAAUGUGUUGUGUAUGUGAUGUGUAUGUAUGGUGCUGGGUGUGUGUGCACUGUAGUGUUUGAUGUGUGAUGAGUGUAGAAUGUGUGGUGUGUGUGUGCACAGUGUGUGUGUUGUGUGUAUGUGAUGUGUGUUCUCUGUGUGUGUGGUGCUAUAUAUACGUGUGCAGUGUUUGGGGAGUAUGUGUGGGGUGUGUGUUUGAUGUGUGUGGGGAGUAUGGGGUGUGUGUGGUGCUGUAUGUGUAUGUUGUGUGUGUAGUAGAUUCGUGUGUGUGGUGUAGUGUGUGCAGUGUGUGGGGGGUAUGCGUGUGUGCACAUUGUGCAGUGUGUGGUGUGGGGAUGUGCGUACAUGUGCACAUGGUGUGUGUGCAGUGUGUGUGGUGUCUGGGGUGUGUGUGUGCACAUGGUGUGGUGUGUGUAUGUGCACCUGGUCUGUGCGCAAUGUGUGUGGUGUGUGUGGGGGUGUGUGCGUGUGCACAUGGUGUGUGUGCAAUGUGUGGUGUCUGUGGUGUGUGUGCGUGCACGUGGUGUGUGUGCAGUGUGUGGUGUGUGUGCAUGUAUACAUGGUGUGCAGUGUGUGUGAUGUCUGUGUGUGGUGUGUGUGCGUGUGUACAUGGUGUGUGUGCAGUGUGUGGUGUGUGGUGGUGUGUGUGCGUGUAUGCAUGGUGUGCUGUGUGCAGUGUGUGUUGUGUCUGUGUGGUGUAUGUGUGGGGCAUGUGUGCUUGUGUACACAGUGUGUGUGGCGUGUAUGUGGUGUGCGGAUGUACACAUGGUGUGGCAUGUGCAGUGUGGUGGGGUGUGUGUGCAGUGUGUGGUGUCUGUGUGUGGGGUGUGUGUACACAUGGCGUGGUGUGUGCGGUGUGUGGUCUGUGGGGUGUGUGCGUGUGCACAUGGUGUGUGUGUGCAUUGUGGUGUCUGUGUGGGCUGUGUAUGCGUGCACAUGGUGUGUGUGCAGUGUGUGUGUGGUGUGUGUGCCCAUGGUGUGUGUAGUGUGUGGUGUGCGCAUGUGCACAUGUGUGUGCAAUGUGUGGUGUGUUUGUGCACAUGGUGUGUGUGCAGUGUGUGUGGUGUGUUUGUGCACAUGGUGUGUGUGCAGUGUGGUGUCUGUGUGAUAUGUGUUCAUGGGCUCCUGGUGUAUGUGCAGUGUGUAUGGUGUCUGGGUUGUGUGUGUGUGCAGUGCGUGGUGUGUGCAGUGGGUAUGGUGUCUGUGUGGUGUGUGUAUGUGCAUUUUGUUUGGCGUCUGUAUGGGGUGUGUGCCUGUGCACAUGGUAUGGUGUGUGCAGUGUGUUUGGUGUCUGGGGUGUGUGCAUGUGCAGAUGGUUAUGUGCAGUGUGAGUGGUGUCUGUGUGGUGUGUGUGUGUGCAGUGUGUGUGGUGUCUGGUGUGUGUGUGUGCACAUGGUGUGGUGUGUGCAGUGUGGUGUGUGGGCAUGUGCCCAUGGUGUGUGUGGAGUGAGUGUGGUGUGUGUGGGGUGUGCAUGUGCACAGGGUGUGUGUGUAGUGUGCGUGGUCUGGUGUGUGCAUCUGCACAUGGUGUGUGCAGUGUGUGGUGUCUGGGGUGUGUGCGUGUGCACAUGGAGUGUGCAGUGGGUGUGGUGUGUGUGCAGUGCGGGGGUUGUGUGUGCAUGUGCACAUGGUGUGUGUGCAGUGUGUGUGGUGUCUGGGGUGUGUGUGCAUGUGUGUGGUGUCUGUGUGUGGGAUGUGUAUGCGUGUGUGUGGGGAAAAGAAAGAGAUCAGACUGUUACUGUGUCUAUGUAGAAAGAAGUAGACAUAAGAGACUCCAUUUUGUUCUGUACUAAGAAAAAUUCUUCUGUCUUGAGAGGCUGUUAAUCUGUAACCUUACCCCCAACCCUGUGCUCACAGAAACAUGUGCUGUGUCAAGUCAAAGUUAAAUGGAUUAAGGGCUGUGCAGGAUGUGCUUUGUUAAACAAACGCUUGAAGGCAGCAUGCUUGUUAAGAGUCAUCACCACUCCCUACUCUCAAGUACCCAGAGACACAAAACACUGCGGAAGGCCACAGGGACUUCUGCCUAGGAAAGCCAAGUAUUGUCCAAGGUUUCUCCCCAUGUGAUAGUCUGAAAUAUGGCCUCGUGGGAAGGGAAAGACCUGACUGUCCCCCAGCCUGACACCGAUAAAGGGUCUGUUCUGGGGAGGAUUAGUAAAAGAGGAAGGCCUCUUUGCUGUUGAGAUAAGAGGAAGGCAUCUGUCUCCUGCUCCUCCCUGGGAAAUGGAAUGUCUGGGGGUAAAGCCCAAUUGUAUAUUCCAUCUACUGAGAUAGGGGAAAAUGGCCUUAGGGCUGGAGGUGGGACAUGCUGGCAACAAUACUGCUCUUUAAGGCAUUGAAAUGUUUAUGUAUAUGAACAUCAAAAGCACAGCACAUUUUUCUUUACCUUGUUUAUGAUGCAGAGACAUUUGUUCGUAUGUUUUCCUGCUGACCCUCUCUCCACUAUUACCCUAUUGUCCUGCCACAUCCCCCUCUCCGAGAAAUGCCCGAUAAUGAUCAAUAAAUACUAAGGAAACUCAGAGACUGGUGCCGGCGCGGGUUCUCCUUAUGCUGAGCGCCGUUCCCCUGGGCCCACUUUUCUUUCUCUAUACUUUGUCUCUGUGUCUCUUUCUUUCCUCAAGUGUCUUGUUCCACCCGAUGAGAAACGCCCACAAGUGUGGAGGAGCAGGCCACCCCUUCACGUGUGCACAAGGUGUGUGUGCUGUUUGUGUGGUGUCUGUGUGUGUGGGGUGUGUGCGUGUGCACAUGGUGUGGUGUGUGCAGUGUGUGUGUUAUGAGUGACUGCUCUUAGCAUGUGGACAUCAGUCUUCCAGACCAGCUUUCUCCAUGUGUCUGGGAACGUAAGAAACAAGUUUCUGCAAUAAUUGUUACACAACUUUUCCAGAGAGGGUCCAAAUCUCUGUCGUGAGUGGGUGUCUGCGUCAUUGCAGGAGGGAAUGUGAUGUCCUGGCUUGGCUCACACGCUCUGCGGGUUUAGGCAGGGCUCCUGCUGGAUCCCUCACUGUGGCCAGUGAGGGAGGGCUCUGUUUCACCACAGGGAACCAGAAGGACUGGUGCGUGGGAAGACCAGGUAAUCAUAAUGGUAUUAAUAAUAGUGGUAAUAAUACUGUUUUAUACAUUGUAUAUGUCAUAAGGAUUUUAACUUUCAUGUAACAUAAUUGUUGUAAAAAUGUCCGCAGUUUGUUUUGUGCUAUUUGCGUGGUGUUGAAAUGUGUAAGAAUUUACAUUUUAGGUACGUUAGGUUUAUUCCUCUUUAUAUGGUUUCUGUUUGAAAUUUUGAUUUUAGAAGACAUUCAUUCUCAAGGUCAUAAAACACACACACAUCUAAUUUUAUUUUCUCUCUUUUUUAUUUUUUACACUUAAUACUGGAAUUAACUUUUAUGUAAGGUGUGGGACAAUGAUUCAAUUCUGUCUUUUUAUAUUCUCAAAUCAUUACCCAAUAUUUUAAUACCAUAAAUGGAACAAUCGCUCUGUUUUGUGGGUUUAAAAUGUAGCCCUAUUACUAGAUAAAAUUACACUCAAUUUCUGUGUUCUUAAUUCUCUUUCAUUAAUGUGUUUAUUUUUGUGACAUUUCAAAUUUGUUUAAUUUUGAAUAGUGAUAAUAAUCUUAAAUAUCUUAUAGUAAAUUUUAUAAUAUUUGCUCUCAUUGUGUGUGUGUUCAAUAUAUGGAUUUAAAAUCACAUGUUCUUGUUCAAAAAUAUUUUUCUUGGAAUUUUUAUUGGAAUUUGAGCAUAUUUUUAAAUGAUUUACAGCAAACUAAAGAGCUAAUAUUAUUGAGUCCUCUCCUCCAGAAUGUGACAUCCAAAUUCCUCAAACCUCCCUUAAUGCCAUUUAGUCAGAAUUAAUAUGUUAAAUCAAUAUAAA